GACGCAGGAGAUAUCGCAGGAAGGCGCCGACGAACGCAGUGUCCAUCACUUCAGCUGAAGUAACAGACAGCGCAGUGGGAGGCAGUUAUUUCACAAAAUAAACCAAAAGAGACAAAAGAAAGAGAGAACAUGGGACAUACCGCAAUACCUAUCCUGAUGGCUGUAUUGUCCUACUGCGUGUGGGAAAACGUCGAGGCUCUGGCCAUGACCGAGGUGAACGGGCCAGGCCUCCAGGUGGCAGAGCCGCAGAUUGCCAUGUUCUGCGGCCGUCAGCUCCUGCACAUGAACCUACAGACUGGCCAGUGGGAGCCGGAUCCUCAGGGCCACCAAGGCUGCUUCAAAGAGCCCGGAGAAAUCCUGUCCUACUGUCAGAAGAUAUACCCAGCACUUCCAAUCUCCCAUAUAGAAGAGUCAAAAAGACCUGUCACCAUCCCUGCCUGGUGUAAGAAAGGUUGGGGCCACUGCCAGACACACCCCUUCAUAGUCCUGCCCUACCGCUGCCUCGAGGGCGAGUAUGUGAGCGAGGCCCUGCUGGUGCCCGACCGAUGCCGUUUCCUCCACAAGGAACAGAUGGAGGCGUGCGAGAGUUACAUUUACUGGCACAGCAUCGCCAAGGAGGAAUGCAUUGCAGACAAUUUGGAGCUCCAUAGCUACGGCAUGCUGUUGCCAUGUGGAGACCAUUUCCGGGGGGUUGAGUAUGUGUGCUGCCCAGGCCGGGGGGCUUCCAGCGGUAAAGGAGAGACGGAGGAAAGAGACAUCCCUGCUGGGACUCAGACGCUCUCAUCUCACACCAGUGGAAAACUCAACUCUGUCACCAAAGUGACAGCUCCCACUCCGAGCCCGUCUCCCGACACAGAUGUGGACGAGGCCGAUAUGGAAGAGGAUGAUGAUGAAGUGGUGGAGGAAGAAGACGAGGAGGAGGAGGAGGAAGAGGAAGAUGAAGUUGAAGAAGAGGAGGCGGAAGAAGAGGAACAAGAAGAGGAGACAAUAGCUGUGAAAGAUCCAGAGGAGUAUGAAUACCCCAUUGACUCAGGUCCCUACCAGACAUCAGACUAUCUGGACUCCUUCUACUACGAGAAAAGCCACAAACCCACCACCUCUCCACCUCUGAUGACGGGCGACAGCUUGACUACACCUCGGCCCACAGAUGGCGUUGAUGUUUAUUUUGAGAAGCCAGUGGAUGACACUGAGCACGCCAACUUCCUGCGUGCCAAAACCGACCUGGAGGAGCGCAGAAUGAAGCGCAUCAAUGAGAUCAUGAAGGAAUGGGCAGAGGCAGACAACCAGUCAAAGAAUCUGCCCAAGUCAGAGCGACAGGCCCUGAACGAGCACUUCCAGUCUGUGCUGCAAACGCUGGAGGAACAGGUCGCUGGAGAAAGGCAGAGGCUGGUCGAGACACAUCUCGCCAGAGUGGAGGCCAUACUCAACAACAACCGCCGCCUGGCCCUGGAGAACUACCUCACUGCCGUGCAAUCUGAUCCCCCUCAGCCAGAGCGUGUGCUGCAGGCUCUGAAGCGAUACAUGGCUGCAGAGCAGAAGGACCGCAGACACACUCUCAGGCAUUACCAGCAUAUUAUGGCUGUUGACCCCCAGAAGGCUGAGCAGAUGAAAUUCCAGGUGUACACACAUCUCCAUGUAAUUGAGGAGAGGAUGAACCAGAGUCUUGCACUGCUGUACAAGGAUCCUACCUUGGCUGAGGAGCUGCACAAUGAUAUCCAAGAGCUGGUCAAGGCAGAAAGAGGUGACAUCAGUGAGCUCAUGACCACCUCCUUCUCUGAGACCCACACUACUGAGGAGCUUCUGCCUGCUGAGAGCGAGGAGGAAAAGGAUGAUGAGGAGGAAGAGGAAAGAGCCUUCCAGAACAGGCCUUAUCCUCCCCACAUCGAGUCUAAUAAGAAAGUGUCCGCAGUUGAUGAAUAUGAUUAUACCACAUCCGAGAGAGGCCCUACUUAUGAAUAUGAGGAAAAGAUCAACACCUCUGUGGAGCUCAAGCAGGUAGUCAACAAGCCUCCUGAGAUCGAGAGAGAUGAACUGCAACCCGAUGCCUUGGAGACGUUUAACCGUGGCGCCAUGGUGGGGUUGCUUGUGGUGGCCGUGGCAAUUGCCAUGGUGAUGAUAAUCAGCCUGCUGCUUGUGCGCAGGAAGCCAUACGGCACGAUCAGUCAUGGCAUCGUAGAGCAGGUCGACCCCAUGCUGACACCAGAAGAACGACAGCUCAACAAAAUGCAAAACCAUGGCUAUGAAAACCCGACCUACAAAUUCUUUGAACAGAUGAACUGAGGUCCUGCGGCUGCCAACAAGUCAUGCCUGACCACUUGUUUUGUCCCCUGCACUCCUUCCUUACAGUGGUAACCGCUUCACUCCAUUGUAAAUUUCCAACAUGUCAUCAUUACCAGAAUGUGAAUAAUGAGAUAUGAUACAAACUCACAUCAACUUGAGGAUUGUUCUUUCCAUUAGCAGUGGCACAGCAUUUCAUGAUCCUGAAAACAUUCACCUCACAGGCAGGAAAACCAUCCCAGUGGCAUGACUUGACCUAUUGCUCCUCACUAGAACAAUGUGUAAUGCUUUAUAGUAUUUAUUUUAGUAGUCUCUUUCGUUCAAAUUAUACCACAGUUAGAUAUAAUGUAUCUGGGUAGAUGAGUGCGAGUGAAAGCCUAGUUAAAUGUUGGUCUAAUUCUCAAUUUAAAACCCACUCAUUGAUAAAAACGCAAUUACUAAGCUAAUUGCCAAACCCCCGUUAGCUACUAUAACAUUGGACAAUACCUCCAAUAUUAAGACAUGAACAUUAGGUGAGGAUGUGGAGGUGUUUACCUUGAAUGUGUGAGACAUUUAGGUUUUACUUUUACAACAUAGAAGGCCAAAAAGACAAAAAUUCAGAGCUAUGUGCUGGUUGUACAAAUAGACAUAAUGUUUCUAAAUUCUGAGGAUCUUCCAUCAAAAUUUGUAUUUAUUAUUUGGCAAAAUAUACCAAAUAUUGAGUCAGUGAAUGAGUUUUAUUUUAUUUGUACUGCUACCUAAAGAACUUUAAAACAGAAUAAUCAGAAUUCCGUUAUUUUAAUGAAAGCAUGACAACUUGGUGUAUGAUACUGCUGUAUUUAUUUGUGUUGUUCCUGUCAUUGCUUUCGGAAAUGUCAGCGUUCAAAAUUGACACUGUAAAUAACGUAAGAAAUACAUACUACUAGGUGUAGACAUUUCUAUGAUUAAUUUGCAUCGAUAUAAUGGAAUAAUACUUUUAAAAAAUAGUACUUUGUGCUGUAAUGAGAAGGAGAAACAUUUUUCCUAACAUGGCUGAUUGAAAACGGACUGUUGUAAAAACCAGCACAAGAGAACGACAAAGUAACUUCUUUCUGAAUGUAUUUGAGCUAGACGUUGAGAUUCCAUCUUUUUUUCAGUAAUGCAUCAUUCCCCAAGUAGACCUUCACAGGAGUAGAGAAGUUCAACACAUACAUCAGAAUACAUGCCUGAUGCCCUUCCUGUCGCAGCUUGUUCCUUUUCACAUUUGGCAGGUGUGCUUUAAAGUUGUUAUACAGUACAGAGCCGCAGCUCAAGUAGUGUGUCAGUGUGUAUAGUGAGUCCUAAAAACAGACCACACUGAGACAUGGAAGAAGUUAAAUAUGCUCUAAGUCUCUGAAUCUCCCCGUUUGACAAAUAUGGACUCAACAACAUUGAAUGUUAGUACUCUAUAGAUGCUAUAUUUAAGUUACUGUCUUCUGAAAUAGCUGUCCACUGAAGGACUCAUUGUAGUUUGUCAUAUUUAUGAUCAACUCAGUACCCUGUAUAGGUAAGCAAGAAAGGGACUGCCCUUUUUUCUUGCUGAUUGUUAACUGCUUAGUGUGUCAGGUUGAAUUUCCUUUAGCCACUUGAUUCUAUCAGGCCAUCUUGGUAAAGAAUGGUCACAUUAUGGGAUGUUGCUUUUUGUUCAUCAGUCUUUAACUAUUUGUUAGAGUAGAGAUAAUACAUACAUACAUCAAUCAGUUCUUAUUGUAUUUAUUUGUUCCUGGUGGAAGUUUUGUUUUAUUAACCUGCAUUUUUCCAUUCAGAGGAAGAGUUGUUUACUUUUUGCGUUGUGUUUUUGUGUGUAUAUUUAGCUUUGAAAUAAGCAUAAAGAGUUUGACUAUCAGAGGUAUGAUUUAGCAUUAAUCUUCAGUUUCUCUCAUUAGGCAGGUUAAUUGCAGAUUGCGGUUGUGUUAUGAUGGGGGAAGAGAAGUCAUAGCCCUUGUAUAAUUUGUACAGCUACGUUAGUGAAUGAAAACGUUAUAUGUUCACCGUUUAAGUCAGUUGAUCUUGUAAUGAUACUACUGAAACCAUAGAUGAGAAUAAGCUUGCCUGUGUUUCCCAAACCACUUAAGGUUUCCUACCAGCAUUUAGCAGACUUAGAAUGGUGUAAACUGUAGUUACUCAAAUCACAUUUGUACGUCCUCUGUCAAAUUCUAGACUUCUUUGUUGGUCUGUCCCCUUACUUCCCAACGAAACAUAAACAUUAUUGAGAUUUUAAUUGCUGCAUUAUUGCCUUUUACAAUGCUGUGUUUUGGAUGUAAUUAUUCUGUAUUUUUUAUUUCUAUGUAAUAAUCAGUUGGAUCAAGGGUCAUGCUUUUCACCUGUAAUGUAAAUCAAGAAGCUUGUAGCUAUGUGAAAACUUUGAAGUUCAGAUGUAAAAUAUAGUCAGAUAUGUGACCUCUGCCUAAUUGACCAGGAGUGGCACUAAGUACAAGUAGAACCAAAUUAAUCAAUUUGUGUACAGGUUGCUAAAUAUUAGACAUUGAUUCUGUCUGUCUGAUUCCAAAUAUACCGCAUUGGUUCUAGGGAUGUUGAUAGCAUCAAGGAAAGAGCUGUUCUUCAUUUUCAUUCAGACCUUUAACUCAAGACAUGCUCCACAAAUAAGCAGACAGAUAUUCCAAUCUGGCAAAAUGUUCUCUGGUGUGUAACUGUAUUUGCAAGAAAUCUGAGGACUUAAAACUGGUCAAGCUAAUCAAUAGUGUAAUAAAAAAUGAAUGACCCAUAAAAUA